GCGGGGCCAGAGGUCAGAGUUCACUGUUUGACAGAAAGCUGAAUAUGGAGUCCAUAUUUCAUGAGAAACAAGAGGGCUCUCUUUGCGCCCAACACUGUCUCAACAACCUCCUGCAGGGUGAGUACUUCACUCCUGUGGAUCUGUCCUCCAUUGCUCAUCAGCUCGAUGAAGAGGAAAGAAUGAGGAUGGCUGAAGGCGGUAUGGCCAGUGAGGAGUAUAGGACUUUCUUACAGCAGCCAUCUGGCAACAUGGAUGACAGCGGGUUCUUUUCAAUACAAGUAAUUAGCAAUGCACUGAGGGUGUGGGGUUUGGAGUUGAUCCUUUUCAACAGCCGGGAGUACCAGAGCCUGAUGAUUAAUCCAAUAAAUGAGAAAGCCUUUAUUUGCAACUACAAGGAGCACUGGUUUACUAUACGGAAACUUGGACAACAGUGGUUUAAUCUGAAUUCACUGUUGACUGGACCAGAGUUGAUAUCAGACACCUAUCUAGCACUUUUCCUUGCACAGUUACAACAAGAAGGUUAUUCCAUAUUUGUGAUCCGAGGAAACCUCCCAGAGUGUGAAGCAGAACAGAUUCUUGGGAUCAUGAGGGUGCAGCAGCAGCAGCGACCAAGGCUUAUUGGAGAGGAUGAAGCCCAGACAAGUGCAGGGAGGUCAGCAGCUCUGAGCCAGUCAGAGGUGGUCUUUGGUGUGGAGGAUGAGGUUGUUGAUGAAGAUGACGAGCUGAAGAAAGCUCUGGCACUCAGCAGACAGGACAUAGAUGUGGAAGAUGAAGAAGCUGAUCUUCGCAGGGCCAUACAGCUUAGCAUGCAAGGUGCAGUGAUGAGCAACAAGUCCUCAGAGUCUGAAAUGGGAAAUGUGAAAUCAGGGAGCCAGGCAGCAGGCAGUGCUGCAGGAGGACAACGAGCCGGCCAGAAUGAGGCUCUCACAGCCGAGGAACUGCGGAAGAGGAGACAAGCCUAUUUUGAUCGGCAGCAGCAACAAGCUCAGCCGAACAUUCCUCAACAACCAGACACGAAAUCAUCAGGUGGCUCAGGAUUCGUAAACAUUGGCUCUGAAGAGGACCAACAACAAAAGCCCAGCCAGUGAAGGCGUGCAAGGUUUGCCUAUGUUGUUUACCACCUGCCAGGAUUGGCGACCCAAUACGGGGAUAGCUUUGCUCCUUCCUCUAACCUUUUUGCACAUGCGAACAUAAGGAAAGUCAGAAGGCUGACCCGUUUCCCCUGAUUAGUUCGCUGACAGGCUAUAGAGAAGAGAACAACGACAAAGAAAAGCAUCAGUUAGUCCAAUCUAACUCAGUGAGACACUGACGCUGGGAAAAGAGUGACUACAGAACUCAUGAUGCAGUUAAUCCAAGUUUGCAAUUGCCUUUGUACCAUGUCGCCUUCUAUUUCUAUUGUAAACUGUUUCUUAUUCUCGUUUUUUUUCUCUGCAAGAGAUGGAAAGGAGUCUUCAGCAUACAGGGUGUUUUUGGGGCGAUUACACUGAGGUGAUUGUUCUGUGAAAGCCAUGAGAGACCAAUGUUAGGACCACAGAUAAAGGUUUGAUGGAUAAUGACAGAGGCCCCUACCUUUCCAUUGGACUUGCGUUUGUUGGACAUUAGAUGUGAAUCCAACGCACGCCCCACCAGAACACCAGUGUGGUUUUGGAAUCAUUUCUUGUAUUGAAAUAUCUUUUAGCCAGCAGCACUAAAACGUGUGGGUCAUUAAUUCCUGACUUCAUCAAUCAUUUUACUUGUGGAUCUCUGAGAGUGAACUUCCAAGGUGUUUAGACAACAACAUAUUGUUGAUGUUGUGGUUUGGUUAUCACCUUUAAGUGUAUAAGUAGGCAUCAUGAAAUGUAAGAUUACACCGCUCACAAACACUUAUUAACACACACAAUAUUAAGGGUGUUCUGUCCACUUUUGGUGGAUGCUGAACAACAGAAUUCUAUAGAACUAUUGGUUGAAUCUAAGAUGCUUUUGACUGAUGAAUAUUUUUCAUGUCUUGUCCAGAAUAAGUUAACAUGUAAUGGGGAACAAAGAAGCAAUCUGUAAACGGCAUGAAACUGCAGCUGAUAAAUAAAUACAUGGUUCCUUUUUCCAGCACAGCAAAAUCACUUAAAACCAAAUAAAAGUCUGACAUGUCCAACAGACUUCAUCUGUCAUCAGUAUUUAUAAAGAAAAGAUUGUUAAAAUGAUCAUUCUCUCUUUUAUGUACUGCCACAAACGGUCAUUAGUUUUACCCUGAAAUACUUUUUUUAAUUGCACUGAUUUGACUGAUCCCGUAUUCCAAAAACACUUUGAGCGAUGUUAUACACAUUAGUUGUGCAGAUACAUCGAUUUUUACUGAGGUUGCCUUGGCUUAAUGCUAUGAAAGCCGUCAGCUGAUUGAUGAUCUUCCAAAAUGAGUCAACUCGCGAGAAUGAAUGGCAACUGUUAUUUAACCUCAUUAUUUGUGCCAUUUAAAAUCCAAAGAUGGAACAGAACAUCGCUUUGAAGAGUUUUUUUUUUUAAUUUCAUAAAAGCCAAUAUCAUGUUGCAACACACAUUGUUGAUCACAUUACAGCAUUACAACUGUUGAGUUCGUUUACAGUUAUUACAUUUUCUGGAACCAAUGACGUGCUCAGCAUGGAUAUAUCUUGAUGCCUCCACAAAAGUAUUGGAUGUCAUGCAAAGUGUUGCUUCUUGUGCUGGAUGACUUCCAAUAAACUGUCAUAUUGUUUUCAUUUUCUUUGGAUCUGUUUGGCUUUGUCUAUUUAAAAUGCACCUGCGAGAGGGUAUAAAAUCUUGGUUGUUGGGUUUCUUUUAUCUUCGCAUUAUUUUCACUCACUUCGUUCUCACAAUAAGUACUCAUGUUACCAUAGCACGUUCUUUCAUUUAAUGUAUUAGUUCUUGGAUUAAAGUGACAUUCACUCCUCC